CUUUGCAUAUUGUUGCCGUUUUAGCGUGCCAAGGCACUGAGGAGAGAGAGGAGGUUCGGCCAAUAAGCACAAGCACAGGAGAGAGGUCCUGCAUGUUGUGGAACGUCAGGAGGGAAGUGAGAGCGUGUUGAAGACAGAUGGUCUCUCAGUGGAGUUGUUCUUUUUUCUGUCUCUUGUUCUCACUCUCUCCUGGAUGCUGCUCCCCUCAGCUGAACGGGAUCCAAAGUGUUACCUCAUGAUCUUCAUCCUUCACUGCUCCUCUUCCUCCUCCCCCACACAAGCAUACCUGUUGGCUUGCAGAGCUCCUUUUAUCCUCUCCCUUUCUCUUUGUCUUCUCACAGGUUGGCUAUGAUGAUGGAUUUUUUUGUCGGGAUGAUGAGAAACCUCUAAGUGUCCUUGCCUUUGGUCCCCUACAGGCAAUUCAACAAGCACAGACGUAGAUCUUCAUCAGGAAACUGUGACAGAUGGGAGGAUGACGACAAAAUAGCUAGAGAGAGAGAGAGUAUAAGAGUAAGUGAGGGUGAAAGACAGAGUCAAGGAUUUAAAGAUCUAUAACUUUUACAAUAGCUCAUAACAUCACGGAUUUGUGGAUCCUUCACUUAUUUCUCCUCGGUUUCCAGAAGACGACCUACUUGAUCAAAUUGCAGGGAACAUUUGCACCUAAUUUCAUCUGAGAUAUCAUAAGCUAUAAUAAUAAGACAAUGCUGCCCAGCUCUGGGAUGCCAAUGCUGAUACUAGCUCCACUUCUGCUAAUUGGCCCUCUAGUGGUCAUGGGGCAAAAUGACACGGAGCCCAUAGUGUUGGAAGGUAAAUGCCUGGUGGUCUGUGACUCCACACCCUCUUCAGAACCAGCAGGUAACGCGCUGGGGAUGUCCGUGCGUUCAGGUACUGGCCGUGUGGCCUUCUCCGCCACACGGCAAACCAACCAUGAGCCCACAGACAUGAGCAAUCGCACCAUGAUCAUCUAUUUUGACCAGAUCUUGGUGAACGUCGGUGGUCAUUUUGACCAAGAGAGCAGUAUCUUCCUUGCUCCGAGACGAGGGGUGUACAGCUUCAACUUCCAUGUGGUAAAGGCAUACAACAGGCAAACCAUACAGGUGAGUUUGAUGUUGAAUGGGUGGCCGAUGAUCUCAGCCUUUGCUGGAGACCAGGAUGUGACACGAGAAGCAGCCACAAAUGCUGGGCUUGUGAUCAUGGAAAGAGGGGACAAGGCUUACCUCAAGCUAGAAAGGGGCAACCUAAUGGGAGGCUGGAAGUACUCUACUUUUUCAGGCUUCCUGGUCUUCCCUUUAUAAAGAUGACCAUGUGAACAGCUGGGAGAUGAGGGGAGAGAGGGUGACAUGCUCUCUGGGGGUUUAUUUUACGAAAAUGGAAUCCACAGAAAACAUCAUAUUUGUUCUUCCUCUCUUUUUUUAACAGCAGAGCAGAGAAAAUGCAGAAAAUUAG